AUGUCGAUAAGAAGUAGUGAAUUUGGAGAUGGUAAUUCAGUAGUGUUGCGCCUUUUGGAGGUGAAGAAGCAUAAGGAAGAGUCAGACUCACAGGAAGCACCCGUGUCUGUUUUGCAUAUUCUGUAUCCUCAAUGGCCUGACCAUGGAGUUCCCGAAAACACAAUUGCUGUUCGUGAAAUUUUGAAAAGAGCAAUGUAUCAAGUAGCACCUGCCAUACCCGACUCCAGUCCAAUUGUGGUACACUGCAGUGCAGGUGUUGGGAGAACUGGAACAUAUUGCACAAUUCAUGACGCAUUGCAGAGAAUUAUUUCUGGGGACAUGUCUGCUUUAGAUUUAGUUAAUACAAUAACCAGAUUUAGGUCUCAGCGAGAUGGAAUGGUCCAGAAACCGGAGCAAUAUUGUUUUUGUUAUGAUGCCAUUAUUGAUGAAUUAGAAGACCUCAUCUCGGAUCCAGUUGAAUAG